AUGCAUGUCCUCAUCACUGGCGCAGCCGGUUUCAUCGGCCAAUUGCUUGCGAAAGAGCUGUUGAAUGACCCAGCCUAUCGCGUCACACUGACCGAUAUACAUCAACCCCCGAUUCCCGCGGGUGUUCGCUAUCCCCAAUCUGCAACCGCAAUCAAGGCCGAUCUCUUGACAGGAGCCAGGGACGUUGUCGAUCCUUCGUUAGACGCCGUCUAUGCCUUCCAUGGCAUCAUGUCAUCCGGCUCCGAAGCCAACUUCGAUCUGGGUAUGAGCGUCAACAUCGAUGCAACCCGAAACCUGCUGGAGGCCCUCAGACACACCUGCCUGGACGUGAUCCCGACUCCGGAGUCCUCCUACGGCGCCGAAAAGAUCGUGUGCGAAACGCUGAUGAACGAAUAUACUCGGCGCAAUUUUAUUACCGGCUUCACCCUGCGAUUCCCUACCAUCUCCGUCCGACCGGGUGCGCCUACUGCAGCAGCUUCAUCCUUCCUCUCCGGCAUGAUCCGGGAGCCCCUCGAUGGCAAGAAAUGUGUGAUUCCCAUUGAAGACCGACAGUUCAAGUCGUGGCUAUGCUCACCCAAAACCCUCGUGGAAAAUCUUCUUCUCGCUCUCCGUCUUCCUGCCGACUCUGGCAUGAUGGAUGCAUUGGAAGCAGUGGGCGGCGCCGAUAAACUAGCUCUUCUUACAGAGAAAGAGGACCCUGCGCUGGUUCCAAUUCUAAAGUCAUGGCCGACGCAGUUUGAUAAUACUCAAGCCAUCUCUUUGGGCUUCAAACGCGACGAGUCUUUUGAGCAGACCGUGCGGGAUUAUAAACAGUCAUUGUCACAAUAA